GUCAAAGUAAAUAAACUCCAAUACGAGCAUAAAACCAAAACAAAAUGCCAAGAGAAAAAGUCUCGAAUUCGAAAUCACACCGAGAUUUCUUGUGAAAGACUCAGAGAGAUUCUUAGAAAUUUAGUGGGACAAAAAAAGGCCUAAUCAAGAUUUUGCACAGAGUGAUCUCAUAGGCAAGAUACUAGCGCAUCGAAGAUGGCUUCUGAUGAUGCACGCAGUUUUUCUAAUCCACCAUCAUCAUUCUGGGAUGAUUAUGCAAAGGAAAGACAUCAGAUGAGCAAGAUCAUGCUCGCUUCAAUAAUUUCCAUAUUCGUGAUCUUCUUCCUAGUUUCAGUGAUUCGCAUAUACGCAAGAUGUGUUCUGCUGCAACAGCCGACGAUCACAGCAGCCGCCGGUCAACAGCCUAAUGAGUUACCCAAUACAGGGCUUGAUCCAUCCAUCGUUGCUUCAUUACCGAAAUUCAUCAUCAACAAACGUGACAGGGAUGCCAUAGAUUUAGAAACAGGGGCAAAAACAGAGUGCUCUGUUUGCCUAAGCUCGUUUGAAACUGGUGAAAUUGCUCGGGGAUUACCAAAUUGUGGGCAUACCUUUCACGCUGAAUGCAUUGACGAAUGGCUUACUUCACAUUCAACUUGCCCAAUUUGUCGAACUGAAGCUAAACCCAGAUUGGGAUUAAUAUCAAUGCAACCCGAACCGAGAGAAGGUGUAAAUAUUGGUGUUUCUCGUGAUCUUGAAAGGCAGUAAACCUUUUGUAGUCUAGUUGUUCUUUGUUAUGCUGUAUCAAAUAUUGCAUGUGUCCCAAAAUUAUUGUCCAAUUUAGAUUUUUCUUGUACUUCAAUUUGUACUAAAGGUGAAAAUUCAAACUGGACAGUAAUUUUAGAACAGAAGGAGUAGGCUUAUUUUUUCCUCUUCAAUUUGUAAAGAUCCAUAAACAUAACAAAAUCUAGUAUUGUACCAUUUGUCCCGUAAAAAUAGUGAAUAUUGUAAAUUGUUAAUUGUGCUAAAAAAAGAAAUCAAGAUUUACCAUUUAUAAUGUAGGCUAUU